AUGCUGGAUUCAAUUUCACGUCCAUCUAUUCCCAGGAGACCAAAAAAACAAUUGCAAGUUGAUUUACCUAAUCACCUGGAAGGUUUUGAUAGAUCUGAUACUGAAUCUGAUAAUGAGCAAAUGGUAAGUUUAGAAUCGUUGGAAUCUAACGAAGCAAGCGAUAAGAUUCCAGUGAUUCCAAAAAGACCAGAUAGAUCAAAAUCUUCAUCAAAAAGCCCUAGCUUACCGGCUAUUCCUAAAAGACCUCAAAAGUCCGACACAUCUGGUGUGGAGUCUCCAAGUCCACUGGAUUUACCUGAAGUGGAAAACGAAGAAGAAAACCACAAGAGCAUAUAUGAUGAGUCAGUAAGUUCGAAGAAGCAUUCUGACGAUGCAAUUGAACCACCUGAAAGUUCUGAAUUCAAUUAUGAAGUAGGCGAUAGAUCGGACGUCGAUGUUUCCGAUGGAGAUAAGACCCCCGGCAAUACUAAUACUAAGACCAGUAUUAAAGAGGACCUCAAUAUAACUGAUGAUAAUUCUAUGCAUAGCUUUGAUGAUGAUUUAGAAACCGUUCUACAAGAUCGAGAUGACAAUGGUUCAUCGUCUAUUGGCCCCGAAAUAAGUCAAGACAAUAAUGUACCUUCGUCGAGUGAAAGUGAUAUUAAUGCCGAACUUGGUGAGGAAUAUACUGAUCCUGAUUCGAACAGUCAAAAAUCUUGCGGGAACAGGGAUAAGGAAAAUGAUGAACUCUCAACAGAAAGUGAUAAGAGGAACCCUAAUGAAAGAGAUCAGUCGAAUAAAAGUGAAGAAAAGACGAUAAAAAAAGAUCAAGAAGUAUCUAAUACGCCAAAAGUAACCGAUGCAGAAGCAUCUGAGGACAGAGAUUCGGAUAAUAUUCCUCACAUUCCAAGAAGACCGAAGAAGUCAAAAUCCGCUACGAGCGAACCUGAUGCUAAGUCAAUUGAAGUGGAAAAUUUAGACAAUACUAAUAUAAUUGACCAAAAGCAGACGCAAACUAAUAAAGACAAUAAUGAAGAGGCCUACUCGAUAAAUGAAACUUCUGAAAGUAAGUCUGAGACACCCCAACAAGAAAAAAAUACGACCAAGCCGAAAGCUCCUCCAAAACCCAAAAAGUUGUCAUCAAAAAUAGCUGCGUUCCAACAAAUGUUUAAUCAGGAAACCGCACCCCCAAGAAACUCCGGAACUAGCAAAUCUACCUCUAAGCCAGAUUUAGAGACAAAGAACUCAGAGAAUAAGGAAGUUCCAUCAAGAUUAUCGACUGAUAAAAUGAAAUUCGCUCAAAGUUUACAAGGCAUGAUGGGUAAAGGAAUAGCUAUGCCUGGUAUGGUCAACCCCAAUUUUCACCAGAAGAUAGAUACUGAAGAGAUUGAGUCACCCGAUAAAGAGGUGAAAAUUCUGAAUAUGAAAAGGGGUAUUGCAAAAGGACCAAGAGGUAAAAAGUUACCAAAAUCUUUAAAAAACCCUGUCAAUGUUGAAGUUACUCCUAGAUUUAAUUCUUUUGUUCUGACUAUAUGGGAAUUAAAUUUUCAAGCAGACACUAAAUCGAAUGAUAUGGAGGGUAGUGAAAAUGUAUCCAAUAAUACAGAAGCACAAAAACUGGAGAACAAUGAAGAAAUUCUAAACUUAGAGAACAAGUCGGAGUAUAUUAUGGAUAGUGAGUCUGUAUCGAACUCUACACCAGCAUCAGACAUUAAAGAAAUUAGAGAGGAGUCAUCCCCUUUGAAGAUUGAUGAUGAUGAUGUCUAUCUGGAAAUUGACAAACUGAAAACUACUCAAAGUGAACUGAGGAACUUAGAAAGCAUAGAUAGUACCGAAGGGUCUAGAAAUAUAGAUGCCGAAAACCUACCUGAGGAAAUCAAAUCUGAUAAUGAUUCUGCAGCAUCAUAUCCAAAAAAGCUGGAAGAUUCGGAUUUAGAUUUGGAUGAUAAUGAACAACAUAUACUUGAAAACCAAGAACUGGAUCUAAAUCUAAGAAAAGAGGAUUAA